AUGAGUACUUCGCCGGGUGGGGGCAAGCGGAAACGAACCACCCUGAGCUCUCGUGUCUCACCUCCACCGUCACGCCGCAAACUGCAGUCAAGCACAACUAAGAGUGCAAUAGCUUCAUUCUUCACUCCUUCGUCUCAGAAGGCCCCAGAAAAACUCAAGUGGCAAGAGCGAGCCUAUUCUGACCAGCUGCCAAAUACCUUGCUGGUGGGGAAACAUGUGCCAACAGAUACUUCACCGACACUCCCAGGAUUGAAUCAGAAGAAGAAGAAGAGAAUAGCAGCAUUUGAUUUCGAUUCAACACUCAUCACAACAGUGUCGGGAAAGAAAAGCUACAGCUCGGAAAGCAAUGAUUGGAAAUGGUGGCAUCCUUCUGUCCCUGGUAAGCUUCGACAACUAUACACCGAAGAAGGGUACUUAAUUGCUGUGGUCAGUAAUCAAGCAGGCCUCUCAUUGAAGACAGAUCCGAAAGGCUCUGGAAAACGGUUAAACACUUUCAAGGACAAAGCUUCUGCAGUCUUGAAUCAGCUGGACAUGCCAAUCAUCAUCUAUGCAGCAACUGAAAAGGAUAUCUAUCGUAAGCCGAGAAUGGGGAUGUGGACAGAGUUACUCGAUGAUUGUAAAAUUUCCUCUGAUGACCUUGAUUUGGAACAUUCGAUUUUCGUUGGUGAUGCUGCUGGACGUCACGCGGAAGCGGGGAAAGCAAAGGACUUUUCCUGUUCAGAUCGCAAUUUUGCAGGGAAUAUCGGCCUCAAAUUCUAUACUCCUGAGGAGUUUUUCCUUGAUGAAGUCCCGAGAGCAUUUUCUCGUACGUUUGAGCCUUCCGAGUUCUUGCCCAACACUGCGGCUGAAGUGAUUGCGCCUUUUUCAAGAAAUAGCCCACAAGAUCUUGUCGUCUUCGUUGGAAGUCCCGGGGCUGGUAAAUCUACCUUUUACUGGCACAAUUUGCAACCUCUCGGAUACGAAAGAGUAAACCAAGACAUUCUAAAAACACGAGAAAGGUGUCUGAAGGUCGCUGAGCAAUACUUGAUUGAGGGAAAAUCAGUGGCUGUUGACAACACCAAUGCAGACUCUGAAGUCAGACGAAGGUGGAUAGAGCUUGCUGCGAAACGUUCCGUGCCGGUCCGUUGUGUACAUUUCACAGCCGCAGCAGAAAUAUGUGAACACAAUGAUGCUGUUCGUGCCUUAAACAGUAAUAUGAACCCCGAGAAGCGCAGUAUGCUCCCUAGCGUAGCCUUUCGAGGAUAUUCUUCAAGAUAUCAGCCACCAAAAAUUGCGGAAGGGUUUGAAGACAUAACUGAGGUUUCCUUCAAGUUUGAGGGCAAAGAGUCUGAAAGGAAUUUGUGGAUGCAGUACUGGACUUGA